UAUUCAGCUUACUGUCAUAGAGGACUAGAGAAACCAGAAUAUAUUCACAUUUGAGAAGCUGGAAGCUAAAAAGUUACUCAAACCGAUUAAUUGUAUAUCACAAGAAUUCGCGAUUAUUUGACUCAUUGCUGCUCUACCUAGAACAUAAAAAAGGUCACUUGUCAAAACUGAUCACAGUCACAUGUGGUCAAUUAUCCCAACAUUUGUCUAAUAAUUUCAGGAGUCAUGGAGGAAAUGUAUUAGUCUGCUGGGAGACUGGAAUGUGUAGGCAGCAGGAAGGAAAUGUCUAUGAACAAUACAGUCAGACACUACCCCGCUGCUAAACAACUCUACCCAGGACAGGAUGUUUGACACCAUGUCAGUGGAGAUUGAACAGCUGCUGGGGAAACUGACUGCCAUAAAUGAUAAGAUGGCAGAGUACACCAACGCCCCGGGUACGGCUUCUCUCAAUGCUGCACUUAUGCACACACUCCAGAGACACAGAGACAUCCUACAGGAUUACACACAUGAAUUCCACAAAACUAAAGGAAACUUCUUGGCCAUCCGGGAAAGAGAAGACCUACUAGGAUCCGUCAGAAAAGACAUAGAGACAUACAAGAGUGGCUCCGGGGUCAACAACAGAAGAACAGAGCUGUUUCUGAAGGAACAUGAGCACCUCAGAAAUUCUGACCGACUGAUGGAUGACACAAUAAGCAUUGCCAUGGCGACCAAGGAGAACAUGACCUCCCAAAGGGGCAUGCUGAAAUCCAUACAGAGCAGGGUCAACACGCUGGCCAACCGUUUCCCAACCAUCAACAAUCUCAUCCAGCGAAUCAACCUGCGGAAGAGACGAGACUCUCUCAUCCUCGGAACAGUGAUCGGCGUCUGUACCAUUCUCCUCCUGCUCUACGCUUUUCACUGAAAACCAGGCCUGUUGAAGUCUUUAAAGGGGCAGGAUCGUUCUGCUCUGUGUAGCGUGGGAACCCCAGGAAACCGAGCUCAGUGAUUGGAGGACCCUGGAGGCUCGUGAGCAGAAGGGGACGUUCAGUUGGUCCAAUUCUACAGCAGGGACAAACUCAGCCAACAAGAGCCUCUUAACUUGUAUUUAGCGAUGGGACAGAUGGAAGCCUGGUGGUUGGAUGCUCUGCUGCCAACAAGGAAAUGGAGACCAAAAGUACAUAUGAGACUAGAUUUUAAAAAGAUUAUAUUGAUAACUCACUUGGAGAGAAACUGUGCCGAGGAAAGUGUGACGAGACUGAGAGAACACGUGAUGCAUUAUUCUUUUUCACAGGUGGAAGGAUUUUUAGUUGAAUGGUCCUUUUUUAAUUGAUGGAGUGGGAUGGCUAGUUCAUUGUGGGCUGUAAAAUGUGAAUUAAUAAAUUAUUCAUAUCAGUAUGUGCAAAAGAAGUGUGUCAAACUAGAUAAUCAUUACUUAAAGCAUUUUAUUUUUCAAAAUACAGUAUAUGACUUGAACUCUA